AUGUGCUUCCAUACCCUGGCUAGUCUAGCUAAGUCUAGCCCCCAGCCCACUCCUAUCAAGAGGGAAAAGGCAUGGGAUGAUUUCAUUGUCGCCAGCUGCCAGAGGUCCCUGAUGCAGCUCAAUUUGCCUGCACAAUAUGUUGUCAAGCAAUACGUAAGAUUUUCAGCAAUUGACAAGAAUGGAGCAGCCUAUGUGAUCACUGAUGCUCUGGCUACCAAGUGUGGAUAUACCAUAGCCUACGAUGGCUGGGGGAACAUUGUCUUCAGGACCUCUCUCUACAGCUGUUAUACUCAGAUUGAGAAUGACACUAACUAUACGGCAUCAGUGAAGAUUGAGAUCUCAUCCAGGCCUGACAUGGGAGGUGCAAUGAGCUACUUCAAGGUGGUCAGCUGUCCAUAUGUAUGGAGCCCACGUGAAGUUAUUUGUGAAACAAACUACAUGGAGGUGUCAGUCAGAAGGAAGAUUCCAGUGAUCUCUGAAGGAGUUUUCAGAGAUGAGCCAGAGGACUGGUCAACUGCAUUCACACAGGCAGUGAGCGGCUUAAUGUCUGUAUGGCAAGUGGUGUUUCAUUUGUCUACAACCCAAAAAACAACCAUGAUGACUGAUGCUGCCCAGAACAUUGGCUAUGGGAUUAAAACAACUGAAUCCAGGAUCAUGUUGAGGGCUCCCUAUGAUGCUGCUCAAGCUCUGCCUCAAAAGAUUGGAAACGUGACCUUCUCUACUGUAAGAGCCACACUAUUCUACAAACAGCGCUGGUUCAUCUUCUUGGUUGACAAUGCUGUUGCCUGCCCAGUAGAUGAUGUGAAGUUUGUGGGUGGCUGGAUCGUGUGGACUGUCCCGAAGAACGUUUCUUCACUUCUCACCGGUGCAAAAUAUAUCCAGAGCAGUCGUAUCCAGUUUGGCAUUGACCUUCUGAAUCUGACAGAUGUGGAAAUCAUUUCUAGGAACUAUCAGAUUACAGACAGCAACAUGGUCACUAUAACAAGAAUACCUUAUGGAGCUGUAGGGGGAUAUUAUAAGAGCCAUGUUAUGAACUUCAAUUAUGGGAUAACCUACAGUAUCCGCCCAUUUCUUGAAAAUGUGUGGGUAGAUGAUGGUUGGGGCGUCACGAAAUACACAAUCAUUAAGGAUAUCGCAACACCCUUUGAACAGAGAACUCCUGUUAUAACCAAUGAAACCAUACCGUCAACGCAAAUAUUUAACUGCACAGUUGGACCGUUUCUCCCAGACGUCCGCUUGGUAAAUGUGUCAGUUGGUGGCACCAUGUUGACCGUGUCUGAAGGUGUUAAACGUGGAUACACUAUUGAGAAUAGAACCAAUCCAGAUGGAACUGUGACCUUCAUUCUUAAAGUUCCCUUUAGUGACCAACUCGUAUCUAAGGAGGUUGUCCCAAAUGGCAUUCGGUUUGUUUUGAAUGUGACAUUUGUCUUCAAAAUCAUCCCAUACGAUGAGAUCUUCAAUACUACUGGGAUCAUUGAACAUUUCCAAACCCAGCCUUUUGUUGGUCCUUGUGGGCAACAAGGUGGUGUUUUGACUGCUACACUGGGAAACCUUGAUCCAAGCUGGCGUAUAUAUGUCAAGAAUACCCAGGCAACAUCGGGUAAUCUGCUAUUGCCCAUCAACCAGACGUUUUCCACAGUCCAAGUACCUGCAGUCUCAAAUUAUGUAAUGAAUGAGGUGACAAACCAAGGCCUUGCAAUAACCAUUCCUAUAAGUAUAAAAGAUCAAAAUGGAAAUACCCUGUAUCAAAUGACUAUUUUUUGUGAUCCCCCCUCAAACAUAGCCGUUUGUCUUCCGAAUGGAACAGUAAAUGUACUGGUAACAAAAAUAAGUAACAUCCCGGACAUGGACAUGUCUCAACUCACGUUGAGAGACACCAACUGUUUCCCACUUACUUCUGAUGACAGUACCGCCCAAUUUACAUUCUCUGUAAACAGCUGCAAAACUACACGAAGGUUUACCGGUAACCUGAUGAUAUACGAGAAUCAGAUAUUCUAUGUCAGUACCGUAUCUGGGAAGGACAUAUUCAUUAUGAAUGUGACUUGUACGUACGCCACAAACGGCACUUUGGUUGUGAUCUACAGCCCCACAGAAAACCCUCCACCAACUGCACAGACUGGACUUGCUCCUCUAGACCUGGUUAUGAGACUUAGUAAAGAUGAUGGAUACAGUGUCUUCUAUGAAGAUCCUGAGUACCCAGUUGUGAAGUACUUAAGGGACCCCUUGUAUUUUGAAGUUGAGCUCAUGUACAGUUCUGACCCACAGCUAGAACUCUUCUUGGACCAUUGCUGGGCUACUACUACUCCUGACAUGGGAAGUCUACCUGCAUGGCCUAUAAUCAACAGCAGUUGUGAAUAUAUCGAACCCUACCAGACCAUCUUCCAUCCAGUGACAAGUGAUGCCAGGGUACAGUUUCCAUCACAUCUAAAAAGAUUUGAAGUGAAAACUUUUACCUUUACACAGGGGGAUGUAAUCUACACAGGAGAGAUUUACUUUCAUUGCGAUGCCAUUAUCUGUGACCCUUCCAACCUGGCCUCCGAUCCAGCCUGCAUGCGGAUAGGACCCUGCAUACCUGCCCGGCAGAGGAUGGGGCGGAGUGUGGAUGCAGGUGGUGACGAGCAUAGACUGAUUUCUUCUGGAGCAGUUUUCCUGCUAGCAUCAAAAAUGAGGGCAAAUACAAAGCAAUUUGAAAAUCCUCCACAGUGACAAGUUGUACAUUUUUAAGAAGG